AGAAGCAAGCUUAUGUGCUGGUUAUUUAGAAGGAACUGCCACAAAGUCAAUGAUUGAGGACAACUGGUUCAACACCAUUGGAGACAUGUGCAACCCGAUGUCAACGUUUUGUUUAAAUUUGAAGAAGUUUCUGGAAUCGAACAUGGAAUUUAUGAUUUCUAUGAUUAAAAACAAUCCAGAUUCGCCAUAUUGGAAACAGGUUGAAUUAAACUUACUACAACUACAAGGGUUAGAAGAUGCUUAUUAUGGUGAAGCAAUGAACUUUAAUUCAACUCUGCACCUAAAACCUAUGGGUCUCAUACUCAUCAACAUAAAUGGCGACCUCGAGUCUUUACAAACCGUCCUCAGUGAAGAUCACGUGAACCAUCAUCAUGUGAUUGGGUCCGGUUCAUGCUCAGCUCUCAUUAAAUUACUCCCGGGAUAUAAAGACCUUUACGCAGCCCAUGAUACAUGGAAUGGGUAUAACUCAAUGCUGAGGAUCAUCAAGAAAUAUCAACUUUCUUAUAAAGAUGACAACGGUAUAUUUGUCUUUUUGUUUAUAAUAAUUUAUAUUCUAUCAUUGUUUAUAGUAAGAUUUAUUUUUUUCAUUGUUUAUGAAUGAUUAAGAUCAUAACUA